CAGAGACUCAUUGACUAGCUGGAGUGUGAAGCUGUUGAUGACGAAAGGAUGUAAGGUUAAGUAUGCCUGGUUGACUGAGGUUCGCUGCAUCCCCCUUCACGUAAAUAUACCCACACACGCGCCGCUCUCUCAGUCACUUUUGAUGAAUAGGGACGCAACACACAUACUUACGAUUACCCAGGAAUUCACCAUGGAUGCAUUCCAUUAUACAAGCACGGAUAAACUCGACACAGAUAUUGCAACAAAGACGCCAGGCUGUUUGGGAUGGUUACAGAGGCGACCAUGGAUCCUAUCGUUAGUCACAUCGAUUUGGUUAUUUUUCUCCAUAUUCAUCACGUACCUGGUCAGUGUUGUACUGGGCCAUAUAUCUAAAGACAACUUCCCAUACAUCAGUCACACCGCCAUUGAAGACCCAGAGAGGGCAAUAUUUGGACAAUGUAUCAAUGUCGGUGCUGUUCUCCUUGGUCUGAACCAUAUUGUAAGAUAUUUAUAUCUUAAACACAUGUUGUACCUGUCAAAUGUGUCAAGGAGUUGGCACAGGUGUAACAUUGCUUCAUGUGCCAUCGGCAUCAUAUCAUCGUUUGGCCUCAGUAUGGUGGCUAAUUUUCAGACAGAACUUCAAAAGCCACCACAUUACGUAGGCGCUGCUCUAGCGUUCGCCGGUGGGACGGCUUACUGCUGGUUGCAGACCGUAAUGUCCAGGAAAUUGAUGAUAAAACGAGGAGGGAGCAGUGCUGUUUUCAUAUCACAGUUAAUCGUCAGCAUUUUCAUGUCACUUUCGCUCUUGAUUUUUGGUUGCACGAAACUAUCAUACAAACUGUUGGAAACAUCAGGUGACAGAAAAAUCAUUACGCCGUCACUGAUGGGGCUAUAUUUGACAUCGACGAUCUCAGAGUGGCUUCUGGCGUUGUCUGUGUCCUGUUUUCUCCUCACAUAUAUUCCUCAUUUUAAGAAAAUCAAAUUAAAAUCGCCACGGGUACAUAACAAGUUCAGCAAUGUUGUCAGUCCGGUGACUCCCUGCUUUAUUCGACAGAAUGCCAUGUGAAUCAGUGACGUAAAUCUAAGGAAUUUCUGAUUAGUCAAAUGGAACCUGGCAGCAUUAAAA